AUGUGUACUGUGAUUCCUGAUGUAUUGACGCAUAAGAAAAACGUUCAGAAAAAAACAUCUGCAGCACUUGCUGCAAAAGUCAUCUGCCAUUUGUAUAAUAUUAAUGAAGAGGAUACCAAGGAGAACAGAAGAAAAAAUCUACUGCUUUAUUCUUCAGCAGGUCUUGCUCCCAGCAUACAGAUCUUCAAUAGCACCUACUCAAAUGUCUUCUUCUUCAAAAUGACUCUGGGAGAAAAAGAUGAAGAAGUGGAUUCAUGGUCUAUUAAUAUCCCUAGAGAAAAGAUUACAUAUAAUACAGAUGUUGCUCCGGUAGAGGAAUGGUUUGUAAAAUUCAAUAUGCAUCAUGGGUUAGGUAUGUUUACCACUGAAGGAACAUUAUUGGAUAUAACACGAGAGCCAAUUCUUCAGUGGCUUUUUAAACUUGGUACUUACGUAGAUAUUUCUAAAACAAUAUCUGACAUAACAGAUUUGGAAAUAACAAAGAGUCCUUGUGCAAGUGAUGUAGCAAUAGCUGGUGUGAUUUAUAAAAAGCCCGAUAAUGGAAUAGUUAUAGGAGUCACCUAUGAUGGAUUUAUGACUCGAGAUGUAGUUUGGCGUAAUUUAACAGAUAACAUUUGUGUUCUCAUGGAUUACGAUUGCUCUGGUCUUGCACUUGUGGAUAUCAUUCUAACAAAUACACGUUUAAUAAUGCUUACUACAUUGGGUUUAUUUGUCAGUGAAGAUCUGCGGUAUCCUUCUAAACAUAAACUGAAAUUCAACAAACCAGCUUUAUGUGGCUUUGAAAUGGAUGAUUAUUACAAAGCAAAAAUCUGGUAUAAUCGUCAGUGUUUAGCUAACAGAGAAGACUAUGAAGUGGAUUAUAUCAGUCUCUCAUUCAACAAAGAUAAGACAUUGAGUCAGGAAUCCACCUGCUUCUAUAGUAAUGAUUCAUUUACAAAAUGGCACAGUUGCUUACCACAUAAAUCCCAAGCUGAAAAGCAUAUUUCUAGACGGGUAGUUUCUUUUGUUGUUGAUUAUGAGCAGAAUACUGGUAUAGCACUAUUAUCACAAAAGAUAUGGGGUUCUUUUGAUGGAGGCAACUCAUUUAUACCUUUGAUUAUACUGUUUAAUGAAACUAUUAUAAGCGCAGAUUCAUGUGUUUACACUCAGGGAAUUGUAUAUGUUUCAGACAAGGCAAAUAUUUAUUACACUAAAGCAGGGCUUGGGUAUUCUGUUAAGGUUGAGAGCUAUGCUGGAGGUAUAUCACCAGAAAAUAUAGCAGAAGGGACAUCCAAGCCAGAUAGAUCUCGACUGAGGAGCCACACUAAGAUUAUUCGCAACCCAUUAACCAUGUGGAAACAGAAAAAAAAAAUCCCACAUUGGGUUGGUCGUUGCCCAGGAGUAAUUAUAUAUACCUUUCUUACAACAAUGCCACUUGAUGUUUUCAGCAUGUACUUUGAUCAUCUGGGAAUUUUAAAUCAUAUAAGUUUUAAUAGCACAUCUGAUGAUGGUUUGACAGUUUCUGUGGUGGAUACGAACACUUUAAUGAAGGAGACAGAUUUAGGUUUUGAUGAUCCUUUAUCUCCACACUAUGUUACUGAAGAGCAAAUGCUGUUUUUUCACCAUGGGCCGCCAAAUACUAUGCCAACAUUCUCCAAUUUACAAAGUGGAAAGCGCCUAGAUUAUGAGCCAGGAGGAUCAGGUAUAAUUAACACAGUCUUCUCAAAAAUGAACCCUGAAGGAACUGUAUCGUCUAUCUUGGUAGAUGUUCUGGAACAUUUUCCUGUUGAAUCUGUAACUGACAGCCCUUGUACAGCAAAUACUUUAACCAUUCUACCUAAGCCUAACUCUACUUUAUAUCGACUUGUACUUUCUACUGCAGGUUCUAAUGUAUUUAAGCCAACUGACAUUGAAAAGACAGUGGUGAUUCCAGGCACUAGCAGUUUCUUUAUCACUGAGGUGGUGGAUGAUCUUAACGCUUUAGGAAUGACCACUUUGCCUGAAAAAAUGCUUCUAAACUACUCUUUUCCACCUGAUGAGUGGUUUCUGUAUGACUUUGGCACAACAAAUGGUAGAAAAUGGAAAAUUGUAGUUGACACAUGUAGAUAUGUAGUACAACAGUUUGAUGAUCUACCACUCCAUGCCAUUAAAUACCUGGAUCUUGGGAAAGAAUUGCGUUUUUCAUUCAGAGUAACUCCAGUUAAUACUGCUUUCACAGUGUUUCAUCGGUAUCUGAUGAGAGUACUAGUUGGAAGACCUAAUCUACUGGAUAUGACUACACAAGAUUACUGGGAUGAUAAUCAUAGUUAUGUAUUCAAUAUCAUUGCUCGCAGUAAAUUUUUUGAACAGGGUAAAACUACCGUAGCUGUGACUAUCCCAUAUGCCAGCCUCUUAUGUGAUGUUGCAUGUAUUAUAUUAACCUUGAAGAGUUCCUGCUCCUACCUUAAAGCAACACACUAUGUUCUACCUUAUAAACUGUCUCCAUCCGACUGGCUGUCUCCAGAGAAUACCUUCGAGUACAAUAAUUCAGAGAUUAGUAAAUAUUUGAAGGUUCUGCCGGUGAACUACAGACCACCGUCUGUAAUGGGAAUUGCUGUUCCACUCACAGAUAAUUUUUAUAAUGCGGAUCCAAGUAAACCUAGAAUGAGAGAUUAUUUUGAAGGAUCAAAAAACUCUGGAAAGUACAAACAGUGUGCUAACAAAUCAAGCCGAGCCGAGUGCAAAUGUGCUGAUAAUAUGAAGCUGUCAUUUUCUGUUGCCUUUUCAGACUGUAAAGAGAAGGCUCUGCGGAUGAAAUUUCCAGUACAAAAGCUUCCUCUCUAUUUUGUUGUGGAAGAUGAGGGUUAUUUUGUUAAUCUGACGUCUCCUUAUUUUGUCACCAUAAAAGAAGUAAACAAUAGAACAAACUGGAAAGUUUCAGGUACCAACGAAACAUUAAGUUUGAUAAAUCUAAGGAAGUACUUGGAAAAGAGGAUCAAAACCAAAUUGUAUAAUCCAGAUGGGCUAACUAUAUCAAUAAGUGGAUCUGAACUUUUCCAUUUUAGAGUAUCCACUAUUCCUGGAGUCUCUUUUUGCAAUUUAUUUGAUGAAUUUCAGAUUUAUGUUGAUGAUUCACCACUGGCUUUUCCAGGACAGUAUCUCAUCAGUACAGUUGUAGCUGUAUCAAUAGGAGGGAUUCUCUUUACGGCUUUUCUUCUGCACAUCUAUGAAAUCCAGAUAGUAAAUUUUUUUAAAAGGAAAAAAACCAGAAACAAAGUAGAAUCAAAAACUUCAGUUGCCACUGAAGUAUCUUCUGAAAGCACCGAAUCAUAAUUGUCAA